AUGGCUGAACAGCACUGGAUGCCCCAAGAGCGUAGCCCUGCUAUGCAGAGUUACUCCCGAGCAGCCCCAUUGAGGGACGGCAGCCUGGCUGAAGUCCGCUCUGAGCAGCCACGUGAGUACGGGUAUUUUUCCACAGUCAGAAAGACCCAAGAGAAGGGGAAGAGGAUGGAAGAGGAGGACCCAGAGGGACCUGGAAUCGGCAAGAGAUCAAGGAAAAGUCACCAUCCCACCCAGGCCGGGAGUGGUGUUGAAUACUGGGAGAGAGCUGUGCCAGAGAUCCUCUCUCAGGACACGGUGACGGCUGAUGUUCACAACCGACAUUUCCGGCAGUUCCGCUACGAUGAGGCCGAUGGACCCCGAGAGAUGUGGGGACCAGCUGUCAAGGUGGAAGUGAAGCUCUCUGAGGCAGGAGGAGCUCCAUCAGAGGAAGGUCAAAGGGCGCAGGCCCGGAAGCCUGCCCAAGAUGCCCUGUCAAGUGGAAAAGCAGCGGAUCAUCAGUGGAACGAGGAGGAUGAGGAACUGCAUGCUCUAUCCUCCGAUGAAAUCCAGAAUGGAAACAUGAGGGGAAACUUCAGGAAUCAAGGAAGAUCUAAGAGGAAGAAAGGCAGCCACGUAGUCAAGAAGAGGGGAAAACCCAUUCCUUGCCAAGGGGGGGAUUUCCAAGAAGUCAUUCACAUGGUAGAGGAAACCAACAAGGGCUUCGAGUGCAGAAGGAAUGUCUCAGAUCAAACCCAAUAUGAUGUCCAUUUACAAAUACACAUUGAAAAGAAGACUCAUCAAUGCUUGGAGAGUGGAAACACCAUGAUUCACAGAGCAGAGCUUUGUCGACAUGAAGGAACACAUUCAGUCGAGAAACCUUAUUGGGGCUCAGAUUGUGACAAGAACUUCUCAGAGAAAUCAGACCUUGUUCAGCACCAAAGGUUUCACUCUGGAGAGAAGCGAUUUAUCUGUUCAGAGACUGGAAUGGUGUUCUCUGACGGAAGAAAGUGUAAUGUACGCUUUCCAAAACCCAUUAUAAUGAAGGCACAUAAAUGCUUUCAGUGUGGAAAGUCCUUCAGAAACAGAUCACAACUCAUUGUGCACCAAAAGACCCACAGAGGGAUGAAACCGUUUCAAUGUGCAGAGAGUCUGAAGAAAUUCAGUUGGAGUCGCAGUCUUCAACGGCAUCAGAGAACCCACUCAGGAGAGAAGCCUUUUGAAUGCUCAGACUGUGGGAAGAGAUUCAGUCGGAGUGGCAGUCUUCAACAACAUCAAAGAACCCACACAGGGGAGAAGCCUUUUGAGUGUUCAGAGUGUGGGAAGAGAUUCCGUUGGAGUGGCCAUCUUAAAGAGCAUCAACGAAUCCACACAGGGGAGAAGCCUUUUGAAUGCUCAGAGUGUGGGAAGAGAUUCGGUCAGAGUGGUGGUCUUCAAAUUCAUCUAAGAACCCACACAGGGGAGAAGCCCUUUAAGCCCUUCGAAUGCUCAGAGUGUGGGAAGAGAUUCGGUCAGAGUGGUGGUCUUCAAAUUCAUCUAAGAACCCACACAGGGGAGAAGCCCUUUAAAUGCUCAGAGUGUGGGAAGAGGUUUCGUCGGAAAGACACUCUUCAAGAGCAUCAGCGAACCCACACAGGGGAGAAGCCCUUUGAAUGCUCAGAGUGUGGGAAGCGAUUCUGUUGGAGUCGUGCUCUUCGACAUCAUCGACGAACCCACACAGGGGAGAAGACCUUUGAAUGCUUAGACUGUGAGAAGAGAUUCAGUUGGAAUGGCCCUCUUCAACAGCAUCAACGAACACACACAGGGGAGAAGCCCUUUGAAUGCUCAGAGUGUGCAAAGAGAUUCAGUUCCAGUAGCAUCCUUCGAAGACAUCUAAGAACCCACACAGGGGAGAAACCUUUUGAAUGCUCAGACUGUGGGAAGAGAUUCAGUGAGAGUGGCCAUUUGAAAGAACAUCAAAGAAUCCACACAGGGGAGAAGCCUUUUGAAUGCUCAGUGUGUGGGAGGACAUUCAAUCAGAGUUGGAGAUGCACUUUUCGUCAUCAUCGACAAAACCACACAGGGGAGAAGCUUUUUGAAUGCUCAGACUGUGGAAAGAGAUUCAGGUGGAGAUGCACUCUUCAGCAGCAUCAACGAACCCACACAGGGGAGAAUCCCUUUGAAUGCUCAGAGUGUGGGAAGAGAUUCAGUUGGCGUUGCACUCUUCAACAUCAUCAACGAACGCACACAGGGGAGAAGCCUUUUGAAUGCUCAGAGUGUGGGAAGAGAUUAAGUCACAGUGGGACUUUUCAACAGUAUCAACAAACCCACACAGGGGAGAAGCCCUUUGAAUGCUCAGAGUGUGGGAAGAGAUUUUGUCACAGUGGCACUCUUCAACAGCAUCAACAAACCCACACAGGGGAGAAG